CGGAAGGAUGGAAGGCUGAGUCAACCUUGAGCCGGUGAGAUUUGAACUGCUGACCCGCUGAACACAGUCAGCUAAAGUGGCCUGCAGUACUGCACUCUACGACAAUAAGAAUUCUAAGCCGUUUGUGUUUAAAAUGGCUUUGAACUAGAAGUUGGAGAUCAUUAAAAAAAUGCUCAUUUGAUACUUUUGUAAUAAGCUCUGGGCAGAUUUGUUAGCAAAAAAAAAAAAAAAGUGCCAAACAGCUGCGCUUGGAGUUGGGAGAGUGAAAUUGCUUGAUUGUUUUGAUAAAACUUGGCUGCUUCUUGUCUCUCAGUGAAUAAAACUGGGGGGGGGGGGAACCAGAUGCCUAUGUGCCUUUUUCUGUCAGAUCUUCUGAACCCCUGUAUAUAUCUUUUCACAUAUUUCAUUUCACUUGUAUUUGCCUAAGCUGGAUGAACAACUCAAGCCUUGCAUCAGGGUCAUAAGGAAAACUGAAGUUUGAGACACACAAAGCCUAUAAAAGAAAGGAAGAAGAUGGAAAGUAAUGCUGUCCUUCUGGAAUCCAAAUCCUCACCAAUCAACCUUCUGAACGAAAUGCACCAGCUGCGUCUCCUAGGCCACCUUUGUGAUGUCACCGUGAGUGUAGAAUACCAAGGUGUCCGAGCCGAGUUUGUUGCUCACAAAGCUGUGCUGGCUGCCACAAGCAAGUUCUUUAAGGAGGUCUUCCUUAAUGAAAAAGGCAUGGAUGGACCAAGGACUAAUGUGUUACUGAAUGAAGUCCAGGUAGCAGACUUUGCCUCUUUUCUGGAGUUUGUUUAUACUGCCCGGGUAGAGGUGGAAGAAGAUCGGGUACAGCGCAUGCUGGAAGUGGCUGAGAAGCUGAAAUGCUUAGACUUGUCAGAGACCUGCUUUCGGCUAAAAAAGCAAAUGCUUGAAUCGGUAUUGCUGGAGCUGCAAAAUUUCUCAGAGUCGCAGGAUACCGAUGAGGAUGGUGGGGCCCGUCCUAGCACUUUAACCGAGCCCAAAACAGUCACUGAACCACCAGGCGACGGCGUGGAUUAUUUUGCAAGUUCUGCCCUCAGAAGACCCAGGACUGGAUCGGACGUCGAGUCCCCCACCCUGAAAUUAAAGGAAAAAUUGGGCAAAAAAAGAGAGGCCCUGAAGGCCCCCUGUGCCAAAAUCAGGCGGGCGAGUGGCAGAUUGGCCGGCAGAAAAGUCUUUGUGGAGAUACCCAAGAAGAAGUACACUAGGCGCCUGCGAGAGCAGCAGAAGUUUGCCGAAGCUGUCGAGGAAGAGAGCCGGCUUUCCGAAGACCAAGGCACCCGUGAAAAGGACGGGGAGGAGUUGAGAGACCAAGCGGUGAACAGCGUGAAACUAGAGGAGAAAGGGUUUGAUGGUGCUGAGGACCACCGGGAAGAAAACCUGACUAAAUUGGAGGAGGAUAAAAAGAACCGCAGUGGCAACUUUACUUGCAGUACUUGUGAGCGAGAAUUCCUCUAUGAGAAGAGCUUUCUGAAACACAUCAAGCAGAGCCAUGGAAUUGCAGCUGAAAUCAUUUACCGUUGCGAAACCUGCGGCCAGACUUUUGCCAACCGGUGCAACCUCAAAAGCCACCAGCGCCACGUCCACAGCAGCGAGCGCCACUUCCCAUGCGAGCUCUGUGGUAAGAAGUUCAAGCGCAAGAAGGACGUCAAGCGGCACAUUCUGCAGGUUCAUGAGGGUGGUGGGGAGCGUCAUCACUGCCUACAAUGUGGAAAGGGUUUGAGCUCCAAAACGGCCCUGAGGCUUCAUGAAAGGACACACACAGGCGACAAGCCUUAUGGGUGCACAGAGUGUGAGGCUAAGUUUUCUCAGCCUUCGGCACUUAAAACACACAUGAGAAUCCACACAGGUGAAAAACCAUUUGUUUGCAAUGAUUGUGGAGCAAGAUUUACACAAAAUCACAUGCUUAUAUACCAUAAAAGAUGCCAUACAGGAGAGCGGCCUUUCAUGUGUGAAACAUGUGGGAAGAGCUUUGCUUCCAAAGAGUAUUUGAAACACCAUAAUCGAAUCCACACCGGAUCUAAGCCCUUUAAAUGUGAAGUUUGUUUCAGGACAUUUGCGCAGAGGAAUUCACUAUAUCAGCACAUCAAAGUUCAUACAGGUGAGCGUCCAUACUGCUGUGAUCAGUGUGGCAAGCAAUUCACUCAACUCAACGCACUGCAACGCCAUCAUCGGAUCCACACAGGGGAGAAGCCAUUCAUGUGCAAUGCCUGUGGGCGGACAUUCACCGACAAGUCUACUCUUCGGCGUCAUACCUCAAUUCAUGAUAAGAACACACCCUGGAAGUCUUUCCUUGUAGUUGUUGAAGGCACUUCUAAGAAUGAUGAGGAUCACAAGACUGAACUUCCUGAUGAAGAAUACGAUGGAUCCCAUCCCAAAUUAUCAGAAAAGCUGCUGUCAUUCUCUGAAAAUGGGCACUAUCAAAGUUUGACGGCUGUUCAAGAAAGCAUGACUGCCGUGCAUGAAAAUGGAUCUUCCUCUGUAACAGACUGUAAAUUGAGGCCUGCAGUGGGGUCCCAAGAAGCCCCCAUAGCUACAGCUUUGCAUGAUCUGACAGUGUUGCACACACAGACAGACUCGCUUCAACCACCUCUUCACAACUUGGUGAACAUGGAAUAGGUCCACCAGUUGAGUGGAGAAGUUCAACAAGGGAAAAGUUACUUUAUAUUGUGUAAACUCUUGUAGUACAAUGACCCGUAAAAAAGGUGCUGUUAGAGUCCUGUAUUCUACCCAAAUUAGUUGAAUCCAAAUGGAUGAAGUCACUACUUAACCCAUUUGUCAAAGAGAAAAGUAUUCUCAUGUUUUAUCAGCGUAAAGUAGGGUCCAGAUCACAAUCAGUAUAAAAGAAAAUGGAGGUUCUGUUUGAGUCCGGAUUUUUUUUUUCUUUACUUCUCAGCAUUAUAUUCUGUCAGCUUCCUUUUUUUUUACAUCUUAUUUAACAUUGUUUUUAUAUCGUAUGCAGAAGAAUGUGAAAUACUGUAGCACAAUCUCUCUCUCAGUCCAAUACUUUGUGCAGUUUAAUUUUUUUAAAAGAAAUCUCAGAUGGUAGGAAGUAUCUAACAAUGUUUUUGUACACAGCAGAAUUUCUCUUCUGAUGAAAUUCAGGAAAUUCACCAUUUGAAUCUAAAUACAUCCCUUGGGUGUUGCAACGAAAUCCUGGGUUUCUCUUCCCUCACAUAGCCCUUUUACACCUGUCAAAAAUCUGCAGCUGAUACUUUGGAUAUUCUCCAGAGUUGAUGUCAACAAUCACCACAGAGGGGAGAGAGAGGGAAAACUUUAUUUGCCCCUACAAUUUGUGUGUUGACCUGGCUUUGUAAAAGGAAUGGAGCAUCCUUACAUUCAUGUAAUCAAUAUGACAGACUACAUCUUGGGGGAGGGGGGGGGACUUUGAAACAUUUUUUUUUAAACACACUGUAAUUGCAGCUUUGUUGUAGGGCUAAAUUCCCCCCUAGGUAAGCCUGCUAGCUCUCUCUCUCUUCAGUUCCUAUUGAUUUGUCCAUAUGAUAGUGAUCUCUACUACGGAGGUAAGGAACUGACGGUUUUCUAGAGAUAAUGCUAAGUUACAAAUCAUAGUGCCAACCAGCAUUCUUAUUAAUGAGACUGAGAAUUGUUAUCUGACAACAUCUAGAGCAGUGUUUCUCAACCUUGACAAUUUUAAGGCAUGUGGACUUCAACUCCCAGAAUUCCACAGCCAGUAAUGCUGGCUGUGGAAUUCUGGGAGUUGAAGUCCACAUGCCUUAAAAUUGUCAAGGUUGAGAAACACUGAUCUAGAGAUUUAUAGUUCCCCACCUCUGUUUUAUAAAUUCAUCUUAAUUGCAUCUAUUCAAGGGGUCUUCUUACUACUCUACGUUCUUUGCCCAGAAUCUCUCUUUAGAAGGUAGUGCUUGUGAUUCUUGGUCCUCGCCCCAGAAGUUUUUUCCCAGUUGCUGUUGUAUUCUACUUACUGGAAUUUGCAUAUGGAGAAGAGUGUUUUAUAUCUUGAUGACUUUCAUUGGCAAGAUUCUCUUAGAACAGAUUGCCUGAAGAUAUUAGAAAUGUUUUUUUUUUCAAAGAUGGUACAUCUAGUUGGAGAUAAUUUAUUGUAAAUUACCUUGCUUUGCCCUAUUAUAUUACUAUUUUGGAUUACGAAAGUUAAAGUCAUCAGAUUUCUGGCAGUGGCGCCUGAAAUAUUCUGGACGUAAUUUUCCUGCUUUGGAUUUAUGAUUGUAUGGAACACUUCAUCUCUUGUGGCAAAUUUUAAACAAUGCAUUUUUUAACAAUGUAUUUUGACAUUUUAAACAAUGCAAUAGAGAAAUUUAGAUAGGAAGAACCAUUUGAAAACUUGUGGAUUUUUAACAGAUAAGAGUCACUCAAUUAUGUUUCAGUACUCAUAAUUCGGGAGACCAUGCAGUGUAACCAAGAUAAAAUAGUUGCUCCAAAGGUGAAAGUUAAGUUUCCUAUAUCGUACAGGUUGUAGAAAUGAAAACUUUUAACUCAAAAAGCAUCAGUAAUGUGCCUUUUUACUUUUAAAAUCAGGAAAUAAGUAGUGCCAAAGUCUAUGUGAAUCUGAAAUUCCACCUAUGUCCUGAAUUUGCUAGUAUUCUGGGUUUUAAUUUUUAUAUUUAGAAACCAUUCUUAGAUCUAAAAGAACAUCAACAUGUUGAAUGUUUCUUUCCAAAUCAUGCAUAUUACGGUAAUCUUGGUGUUUUUCUACCCUUGGGGAACUAAGGUAAGUUAAAGAGUUGUAAUUUCUAUCAUUCCCUAUGCACUCCCAAAUUUUCUUUGGAAGAUUGUGGGAAUCUUAAAGAUGCAGCAUCUUUAAGAUAGAUACAAAAUGCAGAAGACAACAAAGUAGGGGGAAUCCCAUUUCAAAAGUGGAAAUUCGCUCACGUGACAUUGUCACACAUGCAAGUGAUGUGUGUUGGGUCCUGCACUCUUUAUGACAAAAGAAUGUGGUAAAUUGGAGAGAGGCACAAUUGUUUUAUUUUAAGGGACAGAAUUUUCACAGAAAUCUUAGCAUGCAAGAUGUCAUUUUUGUCAAGGCAUUUGUGGAUUCAGAGAAUAUGCUAGCUCCUUUUAGUCUGUUACUUUUCAAAGUUGAUUUAUUCCUGCAUUGGAAUUGGAUAUUGGUUGUAUCCUUUGGUAAAGUUUUUGAUUCGUUUAGUUGUGUAUCCUCAAAAUUUCCUCUUUCCUUACAUUGAAUUCAAAAUCACUUUAUAGAGAAUAAUAAUUUAGGCCAACUUUGCUAUAUUAGCUUUUAAAAUUUUUGCCCUAAUAUUUUAUUUGUUCAGAAGGAAAAGCAAUAAAAAGUUCCUAGAUAUAAUUUUUUUAAGGUAAACUCUGUAGUAAGAGAUUUAUGUCAUUCUGUUUUUAUUUAAUCUGGUAAAAGGAAUGUUUUUAGAAAUACUAUCCAGAGGUUAUAUUUACAUAUUUAUUUUGUAUACCAUGUGCGCCUUUUGACUUGCAUUUUAAUGACCAAUUGCAAUACAUUUGUAGGAUGUAUUUCAGCCCUUAAGUACCAAUAGAUAGGGAUCAUUAUUUUAUACUGUAUAAAUGUGAAAGUAGGUGGACUUAUAUAAACUGAUUGGCCUUAUUAAAAAAUUAAAGAAAACCA